AUGGCUGUUGAUUAUUUCACCAAGUGGGUGGAGGCAGAGGCGUUGGCGAACAUUCGAGAUGUGGAUGUUAAGAGGUUUGUAUGGAGAAACAUAGCGAUGAGGUUCAGGGUACUGAAGUCCCUAAUGUCAGACAACGGGCUGCAGUUUGACAGCAGGGCUUUCCGCGAGUUUUGUAGUAGUCUCGGCAUCACAAACCAGUAUUUAACCCUUACAUAUCCACAAAGCAACGGUCAAGCCAAGGCUACCAACAAAGCCAUCGUGAGCGGGUUAAAGAAGAGAUUAGAAGGUGCUAAGGGCAAGUCGGCAGAGGAGUUGCCUAAUGUUCUGUGGACAUACCAGACAACUCCAAGGAGGAUUCAACCUCACCAAGAAUUCGGAAUUAAUGCUGAAACAAUUGAACUUAUUGGAGGAACACCGGGAAUCGGUGACUAUACGGUUGGCAGAAUAUUAGCAAAAACUUGCCCGGAGAUACAACAAGGACGUGAGGAGAAGAGAGUUUGGAGUGGGAGAUCUGGUACUUUGGAAGGUAGUGGGAAAUACACGAGAUGUCAACGCAAGGAAGCUAGCAUCGACUUGGGAGGGAUCUUAUAG